ACAACCGAACCCAAGUGGCCAUGGCCGAAAGCGACCACCGCCGAGGCGUCACUUCCGUUGUUGCAGGCGACCUUCUGGAACCCCCCGUUGCAGCAACGGCGACCACCGCCGGUAGUUCCUCCUAUGACGAGGAGGAGGACGACGAGGAGGGCUUCACCUUCGCUGCCGUCCCGCGUCUGGCUGCCGGUGGCGCGUUCCCCGACGGGCGCAUCGGCCCCGUGUACCCCGUCUUCGGCCGCCCGCGGUCGCCGCCGCUGCAGGAGCCGGAGGAGGACCCGGGCACGGCCACCGCGCUGGUGCCACUGGGGCAGCUCCUCCUGGAGGAGCGCGGCGCGCCGUCAGGGCAGCCCGCGGACGACGACGGCGGGCUUGACGGGGUGCCCGCGGAGACGUACUGCCUGUGGUCCCCCGGGGCUUCGCCGGCGCCGGGAUCUCGGUCCCCUUCCCCGUCCCCGGCGCGCUGCCGGAAGAGCGGCUCCACGGGUUCGGUCCUCCGGUGGCGGCACCGGUUCGUCGGGCGGAGCCACAGCGACGGCAAGGAGAAAUUCGUGUUCCUGGACGCGAGCUCCGACUCGGAACGCAACGCCGGUGGAGGCCAUGGCCGGAUGAACCGUGGGAGAGGCGGCGGCGGAGACUGCAGGAAGUCGACGUUCCUCCCGUACAAGCAGGACCUUGUCGGGUUCUUUGCCAACGCCGGCGCGCUCCGGCGGAGCUACCUCCCGUUCUGAGUUUCUAACGCAGAGCGCCUGUAACGCGUCAUGUUGUUUCACAGCUGUGGCUAUGCUGUCCGUAUUGAUUAGUGCAUAGCUUAAGUUAAUGUUACUAGUAUUUAGAGCUAAACAAGUGUAACUGAGAUUUGUAUAGUUGCUGUCACUCAUCAUAUCUGGUUGGCUGGAUACAAAUUGAGUCUUCAGGAAAACACUGAACAAAAGACAAAUAUUUGAAGUUUCCAACA